UACGAACGUUUAUAGAAAUCCAAACCUAUCCAAUCCACAUGGCAUGUUGACUUUCGUUUGCUGAAGGUCUGAAGGGUAUACGCGAAGAUGGGCAGCCAAGCCAUCUGGGGGUCGGGCCGCAUGGCAACUUCAGUCUUGCAGCGUAUACUUGGCCCUCAGUGUCGCAGUGCUGCAGUGACAUUGCAGUUGCGGCCAAGUUCGUCGAAGGCCCCUGAACCGGCUUCUUCAGAACCUGGCCAAGCGACACAGCCUUGGAGGCCAUACUCACCUUUCAAGCCAACAAAUGCGGUGGAGUUCGCACUUGCUCGCGCUGAUGACAUCCUUGCCUGGGGCAGGAAGACUUCCCUCUGGCCACUGACAUUUGGCCUGGCCUGCUGUGCAGUGGAGAUGAUGCACAUUGCAGCCCCUCGUUACGAUAUGGAUCGUUACGGUGUUGUGUUCCGUGCAAGCCCUCGUCAAGCUGACGUCAUCAUCGUAGCAGGAACAGUUACCAACAAGAUGGCACCAGCAUUAAGAAAGGUGUAUGACCAGAUGCUGGAGCCUCGAUGGGUCAUCUCCAUGGGAAGCUGCGCCAAUGGCGGCGGAUACUACCACUACUCCUACUCAGUUGUUCGUGGCUGCGAUCGCAUCAUCCCUGUGGACAUCUAUGUUCCAGGCUGUCCUCCUACCGCCGAGGCCCUCAUGUACGGCAUCCUGCAAUUGCAGAGGAAAAUCAAGCGCAUGAAUAUGGCUCAAAUGUGGUACAGAAAGUAGGCUGCAGUUGGCUACUGUAGGGGUUUCAAGUCCACACGUUUUAGGAGUUGUAAUAAAGAUGUGUAAAGUUCUGUCGA